AUGUCAGCGGACAAGGAUAUCGUUACGUUGAAGGAUCAAGAAGGAAAGAACAAGCUGAAAGUUUACUGUACAUUUUGCCCGUCAAAAAUGCUGAAUGCUGGUGCAGCCCGGCUGGUAAACAUCGAGUUUAAUCUACCCUAUAUACACCAUAAAGGAGAUGGUGAAGCUGAUCAACAGGAACUGAUAACCAAUUAUUGGUUGGUGGAGGAUAUGUACACAUUUGAAAAUAUCGGUGUUUCGCAUACGGUAGACCGCGUAAAAUAUUUAGCAUGUGCUGAUUGCGAGAGGGGACCAGUGGGCUGGCACGAUCUAUCUACGAAGAAAUCGUACAUUGCAUUAAAUAGAGUUAAGCACGAAUGA